UUCGUGAUAGUAGAGACCAUAGAAGCUCUACGGAACAUUAUUCCGAUAACCCAGGUGCCGCCUGUCAUUCCAUUGUUCUCGGUCCUCAGACAAGCCUCGGUAACGUCACCCGGCUUUCAUCAACAUCGACCGCUGUCACGAGCCUCUGCGCCCGAUAAAACUACCACCGCACCGCUCCUCUCCACCGCACAGAAUAUACAUCGCAACGCAGCUCCAGCAUUCAUUCCCACCUUAAACCGACCCUCGAACCAACUGCAUCUCCGAGCCUCGAGCAUAGCUAGCACAACACCCUCGUCAUGGUUGCCGACGCCCUCAUCUACCACCCAACGGUGUCGCAUUACCUCAGAUAUGUCGCGACAACGAUCGGCCGCGACAAGCUCCUCCGCACCCUCCAAUACUUCUCCCGCUUCCUCGCCUGGUACCUCUACCGCACGAACCACCCGAAAUCCUCGAUCCAGCCCUGGGAGACGCUCAAGAAGCAAUUCGGCACCACGCGCAAGCUGAUGCGCGUCGGCAAGUUCGUCGAGCACUUCCGCGCCGCGGCCGUGGCCGCGGACGCGAAGAACAUGGACCCCGUGCUGCGGUACUGCGCGGUGGGGCGGCAGCUGGGGUAUGCGGGGUACUUGACGCUGGAUAAUCUGACGAUUUUGGACGCGACCGCGAUCCGCAAGUUCGACGCCGCGCAGAAACUCGGCCGCGAGGCCUACCGCUUUUGGUUCACGGGGCUCUCGUUCAGCAUCGCGUCGGGGCUGUAUUCGCUGUACAGCUUGCGCCAGCGCGCGGCGCGGUUGGGGGAUAGUAAGGAGGGGGAGGAGGUGGUGGAGAGCAAGAAGCUGGCGAGGGAAUCUGCUGCUAUACGGAAACAGCUCAUCUCGGAUUGCUGUGAUAUCUGCGCACCGGCGACGGCGCUGGGCUUUGCGAAUCUGGAUGAGGGUAUGAUUGGUCUUGCUGGGACGACGAGUUCGCUGAUUGGCGUGUAUUCGGCGUGGAAGAAGACGGCGUAGGGGAAUGUUGUUGACGGCCAGUAUAACUAAAUGUUAGAAGGGAAGGGAAAGCGCAGCUAGCGAGCCGGGGAUGCGGAGAGCUGGGAGUAUAAGGUAUAUAGGAGAGGUUGAGCUGCCAGCAUGGUAUUUGUUCUAGAGGCAUGCGGUUGAUUGGUCCUUCGUUUGUUUAGGAUCAUGUGCUUAGUGUAUCAGUACGGGGAAUUUGGAAUCAGUUUUUAUAGAUUCGACUUGCGAAAUAGGAGGUUCAUAUCGAGUUUGAGGUUAUGGAGCGAGCCUGUGUCGAGGGGCUCCUCGGUGAUUGGAGAAUGAUCGUUCAAUCAGAAAAAUAUGAAUGUACGAUCUGGACCCGUUACAAACCGGUUUGACCCUGUGGACAAUACAUCGAAGUUCUACUCUAAGAUUAAAC